AUGAAGGUCAUCCAAAGAAGAGAGCUCAGUUCUUUCGACCAGAACUUGGGCAGUUUCCAUCACCAUCCUGACGAUCUCGUUCCCGUUUCCCUCUCCUUAGACAGUACGGCUGAUGAACGGGCCAACCUACUGGCAUCUAUCAUCUCGAAGUCUUCUGCGCCGCAUAUCAGUCUUCAGGCGAAUGAAUUCCGCGUUGGCCCUGAUCCUACCUCCAAGGACAUAUUCCGGAAAAAGCUGCUGAGGGAACUUCGCAAAGGUUGGGCAAAUGCAAGCACGGAAGCUCGCUUCAUCAGACUUGUCGAAGUCCUGCAGCGCGAUGGAUGCGCUGUCUUCGCUGGACUGGUCGAUAUGCAAUCUUUUCAGCAGCUCAUCGACGAUUUUUCGGACAUUAUGAAUGGUUCCGGAAGCCAUGCAUUCCUACACUCAUUUUCUCAUCUCAUUGAACACCCCGACUUUCUCAAAAAUUCACGUUAUAACGACGCCAUCAUCCAUCCUCUGCUCAUUGCUAUGCUGUCUUAUGCAAUGGGCGGCCCCAUCAGGAUGACUGAUGCUCGGGGAAAAGAUACUGAACCCAUCUCCGUCAACGCCCAAGACAACAUGCUCCAUGUUGACAACACCCCUUUCCGGGAGGAGUACAAGAUCCUGCUUGGUUGGGAGAAGGGAAAGGUCAAGGGUCCUACCGGUCAGAAUUUCACAUUCCUGCCCGGCACGCAGAAGGGAACCCGAUUUGUCCGGGUGGACGAACACUCCCAGCCCUGGUCCACGGAGAACGACAGCCUGUUCAUCACCAAUGAGAGCAUCGAUUCGGUCUUCGGGUUUCAAAAAGACAUCGCGGGAGGUGCGCCUGCAGUUGUUGAGGUAGAGUACCCCAACCAGCCCAUCACUGUGGUUUUCAAUGCGGGCUCUCUACCGGUAAUGCUCGAAGUUGCGUCAUAA